AUGGUUUCACCCGUACAACUCCCGCCCGAGAUCCAGUUGGCACAGCGCCUGGCGGGCAACGAGAAGGUGACCCGGGACCGGGCGGUGAAGAAACUCCGGAAAUACAUCAUUGCCAGGACUCAGCGGGCCGCAGGUAGUUUUACACAUGAUGAGCUGCUGAAAAUAUGGAAGGGACUCUUCUACUGCAUGUGGAUGCAGGACAAGCCAUUGCUCCAGGAGGAGCUAGGAAGGACCAUUUCCCAGCUUAUCCAUUCCUUUCAGACCACAGAGGCACAGCAUCUGUUCCUUCAGACAUUUUGGCAAACCAUGAAUCGAGAGUGGACAGGGAUUGACAGGCUGCGCCUGGACAAGUUCUACCUGCUCAUGCGGAUGGUCCUGAAUGAAUCCUUCAAGGUCCUGCAGAUGCGUGGCUGGGAGGAGAGGUAAGUUGAACAGCUGCUGAAGCUGCUGAUGACAGAGAUCAUGCACCCUGACAGCCAGACUCCCCACGGGGUGAGGAGCCACUUCACCGAGAUAUUCCUGGAGGAAUUGGCCAAAGUGGGCGCAAAGGAGCUCACUGCUGACCAGAACCUCAAGUUCAUUGACCCCUUCUGUGUAAUUGCUGCCAAGACCAAGGAUCCCCGGGAUUUGCAUUACAUAGUUCGUGGAAUCUUUGAGGCGAUUGUGGAGCAGGCCCCAUUUGCCAUCGAAGAUCUGAUGAAUGAGCUGGAUGAACAAGGCGGGGAAGAGGAGGAGGAGGAGGAGGAGGAGAGUGACUUCGAAGACGUGGAGGAGGAGGACUCAGAGGAAGAAGAGGAUGGUGAACUAGAUGUGCCGAAAGGCUCCAUCCAUAGACGUGAACCCAGGACAGAGGAGGAUCCCACGGGAGAUGACGACGAGAGCGUUGGAGCUGUGCUGCAGUUCAACUAUGAGGCCCUUGCUAACAGACUCUUUGAAAUGGCUAGUCGAAAUAACACCCCUUCCCAGAACAGAAAACGUCUCUAUAAAGUGGUCCGCAAGCUUCAGGACCUCACUGCAGGCAUCUUCCCUGAGGAUGACAUCCCUGAAAAAGUCUAUGCCUACCAGAAUGAAGGGAGAGAGAAGAGGAAGAUGAAGAAGCGUUUGCUCAAAGCCGAGUUGAAGAAAAAGAAAGGUAGGACCAGAGAGAAUGAGAGAAAAGAAGACCCAAUUGUAGCUUCAAGCUCCAAAAUGAAGAGACGGAAGAGGAAAGGCAGGAGGACUAACCCUGAUGUGCAGUCUGAGGGAGGCUCUCCACUAGAGCAGGGCAGGAUCCGUCAGGGACGAGGAUUUCAGCACAGGAAGAGAGGGAAGCCUGGUGCCGGGGCCAAGGUGGUUGCUGGGGCCGAGUUCCAGGAACCAAAGAAGAAGAAGCGACGGAUCCGGGACAGCCAAGAGUGA